CGUCAGAACAUCAGGUUCAUCUGGUUGUUUUAAGAGUCCUUGGUGAUUUUCUUUUUCAUCGUUGAAUGAAAUACUUUAGUUCGUAAGCAUUUAAAAAAAAAACAAAGAAAAAGAAAAAAUGGCGACGGUGCUGUCGGUCCACGAUCGACGAAUAUUGACGGCGGUGAACAGUGGAGCAUCGAGUCUAUCGUUCGUAGGAUCUGGAUUCAUUGUGCUUUGCUACUCCCUCUUCAAGGAACUUCGCAAAUUCUCCUUCAAGCUCGUCUUCUACCUUUCCCUCUCUGACAUGCUUUGCAGUUUCUUUAACAUGGUUGGAGACCCGUCAAAAGGUUUCUUUUGUUAUGCUCAGGGCUACAUCACGCAUUUCUUCUGUGUCGCUUCCUUCCUCUGGACAACAACUAUUGCUUUUACCCUUCAUCGUACUGUUGUUAGACACAAAACUGAUGUUGAAGAUUUGGAGGCUAUGUUUCACUUGUAUGUUUGGGGAACUUCGCUGGUUAUGACUGUCAUUCGUUCUAUUGGUAAUGACCACACGCAUUUGGGUGCAUGGUGUUGGGCACAAACAGGUCGCACUGGAAAGGCAAUUCACUUUAUAACAUUUUAUGUCCCAUUAUGGGGUGCAAUUCUUUACAACGGUUUUACAUACUUUCAAGUGAUACGCAUGCUGAACAAUGCCACCCGUAUGGCAUUUGGCAUGUCAGAUCAUGCAUACCAGUUUGAUUCAAGGACAGACACGAAGGCCUUGAACCGGUGGGGAUACUAUCCACUGAUACUAAUAGGAUCAUGGGCAUUCGGCACAAUCAAUCGCAUCCACGAUUUUAUUAAGCCAGGCCACAAGAUCUUUUGGCUCUCAUUUCUCGAUAUUGGGACAGCUGCACUUAUGGGCCUUUUCAACUCGAUAGCAUAUGGUUUGAAUGCUUCAGUAAGGCGGGCAAUUUAUGAAAGACUGGAACUGUUUUGGCCUGAGAGGCUUCAGAGAUGGUUCCCUAAUAGUUCAAGGUAUAGAAACCAACAACAACAACAGAGUGAAUUGAUCUCCCUGAAAAUUCAGGACCAGCAAUAGCAGCCUGUUGGAAAUUGUCCAUACUAAAACCUUAAGUGCGUGACUAGCUUUGUCACAUUUUUCGGGAUAUUCAUUCAUUAAAUUGUAGGUGAGAUGAACUUUGAAAUGAAGGGACGUGGAUUCUAGCAUCCAAGUGAAAGCUAUUGGAUCACUUCUUUCCAGCAAAGGGAGUUUGAUCUGUAUCAUGGUGAACUUUCCUUGGCCUUCACAAGACUAACGUGAUGUGGAUAGGUUAUUUCAGGCAGGAUCUGUAUUUUUGAAGUGGUGGAUACAGUAUGUCCACGGGCACAAAUGGCUGUCCAGCAAAGUCGGAUGCUAUGCACCAUAUUUAUCCGUAGGAAAAGCUGGAGUGGUUUUUUUCUUUUUUUUUUAUACUAAUAUGAUUUGUGUACGUCCUUCUCAGAUACUGGUUUAAAAUUGUUUCUCUCUGUGCCUAGUGGAAGCCAGGAGGAAUUUGUUAAACUGGGUGGCGAGCCUGUGCCAUUCAAAUUGUACUAUUACUAGUUAACAAGACUAAAUAGAUUUUUUUUUUUUUAUGUCCCUAAAUAGAUUUUUUUUUAUAUGUAUUGAAAAUGGGAGACUACUUGGCUACAAAGGGAACCCCUUACAAACAGGGAACAUUGUGCUUUUCUCACCCCACCGCCUACUGCAGGGUUAUAGUUAGCGGUUUAUUGUGGGCGCGGCUACUUGAGGAUGUAGAUAUGCCGGUCUCACACGGGGUUAGGCAGGUUUAAAUAGAUGUUGUAUUGUUGGACGUCAGUUUAUCAAUGCGGGGAAACUAUUUUGAAUUGAGGGCUCUCGU